UUAUCUUCCUCAGUUGAUGUCACUGGCGCGUGUGAGGAAGACAAAGUAAAAUGAGACGGCAGGAAGAAAUCUCUUGGAGUGAAUGAGCGAGAGUGGCUUUGAAUGGAGCCUCUGCUAGCAGCAAUAAUAGCCUAACUUUACAGAGGACGGCUUUACUCUUUCCUAAUGGCUGAACUUCAGUGGGAUUGUUGUGAGGACCAUUUAGCGUGUCAGCAUAACAUGCGUGGGCUGGUUUGGUCAUCGGAUCUAGAAAUGGACUUGGCAGAAACUGAAGAUGCUAUGGGGGAUUCCCGGGGCCAGCUUGUGUCGGAGCGGCUCGGCCUCGGCAAUAAUCUGGACCUGUCGGACACCAUGGUCCAGCAGAAGCUGGAAGAGAUCAAGGAGCAGAUUCGCCGGGAGAUCCGCAAGGAGCUUAAGAUCAAGGAAGGUGCAGAGAACCUGCGCAAGGUCACCACAGACAAGAAAAGCCUGGCUUAUGUUGACAACAUGCUGAAAAAAUCCAACAAGAAGGUUGAGGAGCUUCACCAGGAGCUGCAGGAGCUCAACGCCCAUAUUGUGGUUAAAGACCCUGAAGAAUUACAAGAAUGUCCUCUGACCCCAGAUACCCCCAACAGUGAGACCCGAAUAUGCACAAGCAGCAGCCGCCUGGCAGCCCUGAAAAGGCAGAACGACAUCGAGCUCAAGGUCAAACAGGGCGCAGAGAACAUGAUUCAGAUGUACUCCAAUGGGCCAUCAAAGGAUCGCAAGUUACUGGCGACAGCACAGCAGCUGCUCCAGGACAGCAAGAUGAAGAUUGAGUUCAUCAGGAUGCAGAUCCUCAAGGCAAGCCAGGCCAAUGAGCUAAGCUUCGAGAACAACGAUGUGAUGGACAAGGCCAUCAUCAGUCCAUUGGACCUACGGGUAGAGGAGCUGUGUCACCAUGCCAGAAUAGAGUCUGCAGUAGCAGAGGGAGCCAAGAACGUCAUGAAACUCCUGGGCACUGGGAAAGUCACAGAAAAGAGAGCACAUUCAGAGGCCCAGGCUCGGUUUAAUGAGUCCAGUCAAAAGCUGGACCUCCUGCGCUAUUCCUUGGAGCAGCGCCUCAGCGAGCUGCCUAAGAACCACGCACGCAGCAACAGUAUUGUGGAGGAACUCUCACUUCUGUCCGCACCAGUCCUGAGCCCACGAUCCAGCAUCAUCUCCACGCAGAACCAGUACAGCACCGUGACCAAACCCGCGGCACUUACAGGCACGCUAGACGUCAGGCUCAUGGGCUGUCAAGACCUUCUGGAAAAUGUUCCCGGCCGCUCCAAAGCGGCAUCUGUCCCACUGCCUGGCUGGAGCCCGAGCGAAACGCGCUCAUCCUUCAUUAGCAGAGCGAACCGAAGCCGCAGCGUGAGCUCACGAAACAUGACAAAAAGCGAGGAGCUCUCCAACGAGAUUAGUGCAGUUUUAAAGCUGGACAACACAGUCGUAGGUCAAACCAGCUGGAAGCCUGUCAGUAACCAGGCCUGGGACCAGAAGUUUACAUUGGAGCUGGACCGGUCCCGUGAGCUUGAAAUCUCAGUGUACUGGCGUGAUUGGCGGUCACUCUGUGCGGUCAAGUUCCUGCGCCUGGAGGACUUCCUAGACAACCAACGGCAUGGCAUGUGUUUGUACCUGGAGCCACAGGGGAUGCUCUUUGCUGAGGUAACAUUUUUCAAUCCUGUUAUUGAGAGACGACCAAAGCUGCAAAGACAAAAGAAGAUUUUCUCAAAGCAGCAAGGUAAGACUUUCCUGCGAGCCCCUCAGAUGAACAUCAACAUCGCCACCUGGGGCCGUCUGGUGAGAAGAGCCAUUCCGACCGUCAGCUCCAAUUCCUUUAGUCCACAGACAGCUGAGACUGGUUCCAGCAGCAUCCCGGGUUCACCCACACCAAGCAGUGACCCACUGGUGACAAAACUGGACUUUGACAGAGAAGCCACCACAGGACCCAAGUUCUACCCAGCACCCGACAGCAUCCGGGAACCACCAGAGCAACACAACAAGCUGCCUGACAAAGAGGAAGUGCAGGACGCACUCGCCUCGUUCGACUUCCUGAACAAGAGGAACAGCGUUGCAGUGAAACCUGAUCUGGACUUGGUGGUGGAGACAGAGCUGCAACAUCCGGACCUGGAGCUCACAGCCUUCCAGAAAGAUGCUGAGAUAAGGGAAGAAGAGCAGUUUCAUUUUAGUCUCAAAGACUUUAAAUGUGUUGCGGUCCUUGGACGAGGCCAUUUUGGAAAGGUGUUGUUAGCAGAGUACAAAAGUACAGGAGAGAUGUUUGCCAUCAAAGCCCUGAAGAAAGGUGACAUUGUGGCGCGUGAUGAGGUGGACAGCCUGAUGUGCGAGAAGAGGAUCUUUGAAACAGUCAACAGCGUGCGCCACCCGUUCCUGGUCAACCUGUUUGCGUGCUUCCAGACGCAGGAGCACGUGUGCUUUGUCAUGGAGUACGCGGCGGGAGGCGACUUGAUGAUGCACAUCCAUGCCGACGUGUUCUCCGAACCUCGGGCAGUAUUUUACGCCGCCUGCGUCGUGUUGGGAUUGCAAUUCUUACAUGACCACAGGAUCGUGUACAGAGACUUGAAGCUGGAUAACCUGUUGCUGGACACUGAGGGCUACGUGAAGAUUGCCGACUUUGGUCUUUGUAAAGAAGGAAUGGGCUUCAGGGACAGAACCAGCACUUUCUGCGGCACACCAGAGUUUUUGGCGCCCGAGGUUUUGACUGAAACGUCGUACACCCGUGCCGUGGACUGGUGGGGGCUGGGCGUCCUCAUCUUUGAAAUGCUGGUGGGGGAGUCCCCCUUCCCUGGUGACGAUGAGGAGGAGGUGUUCGACAGCAUCGUUAACGAUGAAGUCCGCUACCCGAGAUUCCUCUCCACUGAAGCCAUCUCCAUCAUGAGGAGGCUUUUAAGAAGAAGCCCCGAGCGCCGCCUGGGAGCGGGAGAACGAGAUGCAGAGGAGGUUAAGAAGCAUUUAUUCUUCAGGAACGUGGACUGGAACGGACUGCUGGCCAAGAAAGUCAAGCCGCCGUUUGUGCCGACCAUCCAGGGCGCCAACGACGUCAGCAACUUCGACGACGAAUUUACGUCGGAAGCGCCCAUCUUGACGCCACCCAGGGAGCCCCGAGUGCUGAACUCCGAGGAGCAGAACAUGUUCACGGACUUUGAUUACAUUGCUGACUGGUGUUAGCUUAGCUCACACACACACACACACACACAAGUGAAAGAGACAUCAUACAUGAUUCUGUCCAAAAUGUUUAAAGAGAGGCAGGUCAUCUUUUGUGACCGGGCGCCUCCUAAAAAAAAAAAAAAAAAUCAACAUGAAGAAUUUUUUUUUUUUUUUUUUUUUUUUUGGUUUUGUUUUUUUAAACAAGAAAA